GCUGUGACUACUGCCAUCCAGUCGUCUUCAUGAUGGCGAAUUAUUUGUUUCUCAGAGUUGCUGUCAGUUUUAUUUUUAUUAUCACAUACGUCUUUGCUACUGAUACAUCAUCUUUUCCUAAGAAUUUUUUAUUUGGCACGUCUUCGUCCUCUUAUCAAAUAGAAGGAGCUUGGAACGAAAGUGGUAAAGGUGAAAGCGUAUGGGACUGGUGGACACAUAAAAUUCCAAGUAUUAUAUACGAUGGUAGCAAUGGUGAUGUGGCUGCUGAUUCCUUUCACAAAUAUAAAGAAGAUGUGCAGUUACUAAAUGAUUUAAAAGUGGAUUUUUAUAGGUUUUCAAUUAGUUGGCCACGUAUUUUACCAACUGGUUACGCUAACGUAAUUAAUCAAGAAGGGCUCAAUUAUUACAAAAAUCUUGUUGACGAAUUGUUAGCGAAUGGUAUCGAACCGUUUGUCACUUUGUAUCAUUGGGACCAUCCAGAAAUAUUGGAAAAGAUGGGUGGAUGGACCAAUGAAAUGAUGGUUGAAUGGAUAUCCGACUAUGCAAAAGUCGUUUUCAAAGAGCUUAGCCCAAAAGUUAAAUACUUUUCAACUAUCAAUGAACCUUAUAUCGUUUGCAAUGAAGGAUACAAAUCAGUAUUAAAGGCACCAGGAAAGAACUUAGGCGAUCCUGCCGCAUUUCUAUGCAUGCAUAACAUAUUGAAAGCACAUGCCAAGAUCUAUCAUAUUUACGACAAAGAAUUUCGAAAACAUAGAAACGGCACAAUUGGUAUAAUUCUACCUUGUUCAGGUGCAUUACCCAAAUAUCCUAAUGAUACUGCAGCAGUAGACGGAUAUUUUCAGUUUCACUGUGGAUGGCUAGCUCAUGCAAUUUUUUCGAAGACUGGCGAUUAUCCAGAAAUUAUGAAAAACCAUGUAGCUGAAAACAGUAAACUGGCUGGUUUUCCGAGAUCGCUUUUGCCGGAAUUAUCGUCAGAAUGGGUGCAAUAUAUUAAGGGCACAUCGGACUUUUUUGGAUUGAAUCAUUAUACUUCAAGGCUUGUGGAAACAGUACCACGAAAGAAAGAGCAAGAAUGGUACGAUUUUUCCGGCGUGAAAGAGAGUAUAGAUCCGUCUUGGCCAAAAGGCGCUUCAGAUUGGCUCCUGGUCGUCCCUGAUGGAUUUCGAGAGAUAAUUAACAAGAUUGCGACAGAAUAUGAUAAUCCACCUAUAUAUGUUUUGGAGAAUGGCUUCUCUGACAGAUGUUGCAUUACUGAUCAUUCAAGAAUAUCUUAUUUGCAUUCUUAUUUAAAAGCUAUGCUGUUAGCCAUUCAUGAAGACGGAUGUAAUGUGCAGGCCUAUUCUGUUUGGAGUUUGUUAGACAAUUUUGAAUGGGCGUUUGGUUACUCAGAACGAUUUGGAUUAGUACACGUCAACUUCACGGAUAGUAAUCGAAAGAGAACUCCAAAAUGGUCGAUGAACUGGUAUAAGGAUAUCAUUGCAUCAAGGAAACUUAAUUCUACUUUGGACUUACCAACUAUAAUAUAUAUAUAAUAAAUAAUACGCAUGUAUGUAUGCAGAAAAAGUCAUUAUUUUAGUUAUUAUAUAAGAAAUAGUUAUUAAAUUGUUUUUUAAAUUAAUGCUUUGCUAUAUAUUUGUUUAAUUGUAAGAUAUAAUAUUCGUACAAUUAGAUUAUAAUUGUUUGUAUAUCGCAUUAUAUAUAUUAAUUUCUUUAUAUCUAAAAUGCUGCUGUAGUUAAGUAUUAUAAGAAAUUGUCAUUUAAUAUUCCAAGUAAAAAAAUAAUAGAUAGAUAAUUUUAUUUUUUAAUAUAUAUCACUGUUAAAGGGACAUUUUAAAUGUACAUUUGUAGCUAAAAUUGUUGAAGUUUGUUAUUCUACAUGUGGAUGAGAAAUAACGUCUCGAUAUCUAUAGAAAAGCUACUUCAUACAUAGUCUGAAUAUAUAGUCAUAUCACAAAGUAGGAAAAAAUUAUAUCGCAAGUAUAAUAUUACUUCUGGUAAUAUAUAUGUAGAAUAUUUCGUCCUGCGAUUGGUUGUAGUGUAAGGAAUAUCGGAGCAACUAUAUAGCAAUUACAAUUCGAGAAAUAAACGAAAUACUGGGUUUUCAAAAAGAA